CGUUGUUCUUCAACAGAUAUAAAUAUAAAUUUGAUUAGCAUUAUUAACUUUAGUUUUAUUCUGUCUACUCAUUGAGACGAGAAGAUUCGCUGAUCAGUAUUUUAUAAUUAAACUUAAAAAAUAUAAAUAAAUAAUAUUUUAAUUUAAUAUGGCCGAUUUUCCAGAUCGUAAAAGUCGUCGUGCGUCUGCUGAAGAAAAAGCUAAAGAACUUGAAAUAAUAAAAGGUCUUGUUUGUGGGAAAAAUGUUAUUAUAACUGGUGGAGCUUCUGGAUUGGGUUACUCAUUUGUUAAUCAUUUUCUUGAGCAUGGUGCAAAGAAAGUUGCAAUUAUUGAUGUGGAUACAGCAGCUGGAGAGCAAGCUGUUAGAAUAGUAACUAAGACCUAUGGAGAAGAAAAAAUUAUUUUCAUCAAUGCUGACACAUCAAAUUCGUCACAAAUGCUUGAUACAUUUACUCAACUAUCAAAGUCUAUGGAUAGUAUCGAUAUUGUAGUUAAUAACGCAGGUAUUUUGGAUGAACGACGAUGGGAAAAAGAAAUCGCAAUCAACGUUACCGGAAUGUUAUCUGUUGCAACUCUUGCACUACAAUUUAUGGGCAAGGAUCAAGGACAUAAUGGAGGAGUUCUUGUAAAUAUAGGUCAAUAUUUUGAUUUUAAAACAACAGCUCAACUUCCAGUUUACACAGCAACUAAAUUUGCAAUGAUCGGGCUUUCACAAUCACUUGGUGCAUCUUAUCAUUAUAAGAGAACCGGCGUACGAGUAAUGGGUCUUUGUCCUGGACUAACAGAGACUGCACUUACUAUCAACAGUCCAAAUAGACUAUCAUCAAGAAUAAUGAAAGCAGACUUUGUUAAAAACCUCGAAAAUUUAUCUAUUCAAACACCUUACAUCGUAGCGAAAGGUUUGAUGACGAUACUCAGAUGUGGUGAAUCUGGCAGUAUAUGGGUUAUUGAUAAUGGACAAACACCAUAUGAAGUACUGACACCACAUUACAAAUCUUUGAAGAGAUGUUACAAGAACAAUUUUAUUCCUACGUUUAGUCAACCAAUGACGAAAGGACGACCAAGUAAUGAGCUUAGAAUUUACGAUAAUAAUAUACGAACAGGACUUACAAGUUGUGCGUAGAAUUAUAAUUAACAUUCAAAGUUUAAGAUAAAAAAUAAAUUUAUUAAAUUAUAUACUUUGUUACUGUAGAAAAUUAGAUUUAAGUUAAAAUUUUUUUUUAUACAUUUAUUAAAUUACAGAAUGAAUGAACAAAAUGAAAUCAAUAAUAUCAUUUUAGUUUCAAUCGUUUUAGACUGAAUAAAAAUUUUAUAUUUAUAAUAAGAAAUGUAUAAAAAGUACCACGGAUAAUUGUAAAUAUUGUGAAGAAAAAAAGUAAAAUAAUAAAUCUAAGAAAGAAAAGAAAAAAAAAUUAAUUCAAGUACAUGAAAAUGAUUAUUUUUUGUUUUUCACUUAAUUAUUAUUAUUAUUGUUCAGCAUCAUGAAUCACAGUGUCCACUGUACAAAAAAAAUUAAUUGUCAGUAAUUGUUCAUGCUGCUUUAAUAAUUACAUGCGAAGAGAAAUUUAACAUAUGCAUCGACUUAUCAUCUACAAUUACACUUUUUCUCUCUCUCUUUCUUUAAUUCUCGUUUACAGCCUCACUUAAAAAAAAUUAAAUUCUACUGACAAUCGUCGAAUUAUACAAUUUGUAUAAACAGUUUUUUUAUUUUUUGACAAAAAAUGAUAUUUUAGUUAAAUCAAUUAACAUGAGUGUGGAAUAUUUGUUUAUUCAUUUGAGGUGUAGACAUUACAUAUAUAAGAGAUAAGACUCAAUUUAAGUCUAUAAAAAAAUAACAGCCGCAAACAAUCAAUUAAUAAUUAUCAUAAUAAACAUUUUUCUUCUUCUUCUCAAAUUGUCUAAUAAUAAUCAUACAAUUUCAACUUUCAUUUUAAUUUAAAAAUCUAAAUUCAAAACAGCGUGAGAUUCAUUUAAACUCACACAUACUUCUGUCGUUUCAAGAAAAAAAAAAAAUUCAAAACCCUACAGUAAAUAUAUAAAAGUAACAUGUGCAAAUAGUUACAGUUAUCAUUGGCAACUAUUAAUAUAAAUAAUAAAUUUUUCAAAUAA